AUGGAUCUUACAAAUUAGAGUAAAUUACUAAGACCAGUGAUAAAAAUAACUGACUAUGAUUAGAAGAUACCCAGCAAGAAUCUUAAAAGUGUUGAUGAGAAACUUCAUACUUCAAGAAAUAGAGAGAGCUCCUUUGAAAAUAAGACUAAUCUGUUAACGUCUUUGAAUUAACUAGCCAGACAUACUUAUGAUAAUGAUUAUGGCGAUUCUUCAGAACAGUCUUAGAUCAGACUGCUUUAAAAUCAUAUAAAAAAGAUAUCCAGGAUAAAAGGAAAAGAUUCUCUUUCGCGUGAAAGCUAUCCAUUGAAACUCGAAGAAGAUUUCAACAUCAAUGAGGUGUUUCACUAUGGAACAUCCCAUCGGAAUUGUAAAAAUUCUACAAGAGAUAAAAGAAAUAGCAAGUUUGAUAUGACUUGGAAAAUGAUAGACUCUAACGGGUUUUAAUAAUAAAAAGAAUUUAGAACUAGAGGCAAGUAAAUUAUCGAAGAGAUGAUGAGUUAAAGGGAAACAAAUGUUCAGACUGUGCUGGAAAAUGACUUAAAUUCUGUUUUGUAGGAGUAGAGUUUAUAUAACCAGGCAUUUUCAAAGUAAUCUAGCUCAGUAAACAACGAAGGCACAGACGAGCUCAAUGCAACUUUAUAUGUUUAAAAAAUGAUUGAAAAGACCGGAGAUAAACUAUAAUAGCAAGCAGGAAGAGGAAGAAAUGGUAUUAAAGGAAAUACCUUGAAUAAAAAUAGCCGAUUUAAAUCUAUGAUGCUGCCAGAGCUUAAAUCUAAAAAUCAAACCCUCAAUGAUAAUGCUGAUAUUGCGAAGCAUCUAGAAAUUUAGAUAUUUAACUAGUCUCCAACUUCUAUGAGAUCUCCCGUUAAUGAGCCUACUCUCCCUUAGUUAUUCAGCUCGGGGAUGCAAAAGCCUUUUAUGUCUUCGCGAAAUAAUCAAAGCUAGAAAAUUACCAUUAAAGCUAAAUCAGUGAGUAAACUGUUGACAAAACCUUCAAAGAUUACCAAUAGUGAUAGACAAGAUCUAGUAGUCGAUUAAACUAGAGACAAUUUGCUCGUAGAAAAGAGCUUUUAAGAAUCUUUUAAGUACGUUAACCAGCAGCAGAAAAUGAAGCAAAAGGCCUAGAGAGAUAUCUAAAAGAACAUCGAAAUAAGUAAAGAAAUCAAUAGGGAUCAGAACAAUAGUUCAUAAUUUGUAAAAUCUUAAGUAAUGUAUUAGGAUAUUUAUCAAGGGGGGAACAAAGUAAUAGCAGAAGACAAUGAUUGGGAAAACUAGAUGAAGGACGAGCUGUUGGAUUUGGUAGAUUAGACUAUCUUGAUGAACAAGCCAAAAUAUGAUGUCAAUAAUAAAAUCUAUGACUCACUAAAGUAAUAAGAUUCAUUAGAAUAAGAAAAUAAUCCUAAGAAGAAUAAUUAAUUCAGCACUAAACUAGAUCCGACACUUGUGAGUGACCUAUAGGUGGGUCUCAAAGUUCAUCAAGUCCCAAAACUUACUGGAGGCCCUCUAGAUAAAUAACAACUUCAACUUAGUAAGGUCGAUAUCGGAGGCGCAUAUCGAGAGGCCUCACUUAAAAACUAACAAGCUUAAAGCAACAAUGAUGAGAAUUUCCAGUUGGCUUAGCAGAUGUAAAACAAUGACUAUUUUAAGAAGUUCGCUCAAAAGCAUCAAAGAAAACUAGAGCAGUAGAUAGAUAGAAUUUAUGGUCCAGGUGAAAAUACAAAUGCAUCUCCAGAAGCAAAGAAAGGCAUACCUCCAGACUUCAAAAGCUAAUUUAUGAAUUUUUUGGGAAAUCAUAAUGAAUUUCGCAAGAAUAACCCAGAAAUAUUCGAUGCAGUAAAUACAUCUAAGAAUAGAGAGUUUAUCAAGGACAAGCUCAAGUUCUUGACUCCAAUAAAAAUUAAUAAGGACAGGGAUAUUGAGGAUAUUGUCACGUCAGAGGAUACUCUGAGACGUUUAAAGGCUGCUAACUAUGGGAAAUGGUAUAUUAAGCCUCAAGAGUACAAUAAAAAGAUAGUGAAACUAAACAGGAAAAUUGAUACGUACUUCAAGAAGGAUUGA